AUGCACGAACACGGACAUGACCAUGGCGCAGAGGUGCCCAAGGACUUUAUCAAGAAGCAGAAAGUCACCUCCUAUUGCAUCCGAAUCAUUCUGUUCAUCUCCUUGGGAUCGACAUCGUAUGGCUACUCAUCUUCCAUUAUUGCCACGACGCUCUCGCAGCCUUCCUUCACCAAGUCCAUGCACUUGGACACCGCCAGCAACGCCGCCUCGCUGACUGGUGCCAUGAACGGAAUCUGGUUUGCCGGAGGUGUUGUCGGCGGACUGAUUGCCGGUUGGUUUAGCAGCAAGUACGGCCGAAAGCUCUGUGUCACCGUCGGAGUAGCCAUGAUUUUGAUAACAUCCGCCUUGCUCACCGCAUCAGUCAAUGCGCCUAUGUUCAUUGUGUUUCGAUUUUUCAACGGAUGGGGAGCUUAUCAAACCUUGUCUCAGGUCCCAGUCUGGAUCGCUGAGCUGGCACCACCCCAAGUGCGCGGCGUCCUGGUCGAUCUUCAUGCCUUCCUCAUGCUAUGCGGCUAUCUUCUCGCAGCAUACAUGGGGCUGGCGUUCUAUUUCGUCUCUGGUGCCAACCAGUGGCGUGGUGCCAUGGGCAUUCAAAUGGUGUGCCCUGCCAUUGUACUUUGCGGGAUCUACUGGAUGCCCGAGUCUCCUCGCUAUCUGUUGAGCAAGGACCGUACCGAGGAAGCUUGGCAGGUCGUCCAAGAUUUGCACUCUACCAAGGACGACCCAGAGAAGGAAUUUGCCAAACGGGAAUUCUAUCAGAUGCGAAAGCAGAUCGAGUUUGACUCUCGACUGCCAUCCUCAUACCUCGAUAUUCUCAAGAGACCAUCCUUGCGAAGACGCGCCCUCAUGACAAUUCUGUUGGAAGUCUGCAAUCAGAGCUCAGGAAUAUUGGUCAUCCUCAAUUACGGCUCUAUCAUCUACAGGACCCUCGGAUUCAACAAUGUCCAGAUAUUGAACCUCCAGGGUGGUUUCCAACUGACUGGCGCCGUCUUCGGCCUUCUCGCCUUGACCUUUGUGGAUCGAGUCUCACGCCCAAGGCUCAUUGGCAUUGCACUCUUGUCGUGCGCUGCGACGCUGGCGGUCUUGACAGGGCUCCAGAGCACUUACCUGGGCACAGACAACAAGGGUGGCCUCAUCGCAUGCGUGGUCAUGAUUUACCUCUUCCAGGCAAUUUACGCGGGCGCUUUGGACGGUGCGGCCUUUUACUAUGUGGCAGAAAUCUGGCCGACGCACCUCCGAUCCAAGGGCCUCGGCAUCGCCGUCGCUUCGCUCUGCGCGACCGACAUUGUCUUUCUCCAAUGUGCCCCACUGGCUUUCGAUAACAUUGGCUGGAAGUAUUUCCUCGUCUUCAUCUUCGUGCCUGCUGCUGGCGGAGUCUACAUAUGGUGGACUUACCCGGACACACUGCACAAGCCCCUGGAAGAGAUCGCGGCCAUCUUUGGCGACGAAGAUAUGGUCAUGGUCUAUCAGAGAGACCUGGAUACCGCAGAGAUUCCUCUUGACGCUAUCGAACAGGAUCUCCCGGGAAAUGACAAGGGCCUUCGGGAGCAAGUGGUACAGAUCGAACAGGCAAAUCAGGGACAAGUUGGAGAGAGUACCAAAUAG